CAUUCCCACGCGACCUCACACACUUUAUGGUAAUGUACCGUGUUAUGCUAACCGACGGUGCAAAACGACUAGAGGAUUAAUUUUCGUUAAAGAACAGAAGAUCUAAAGCAGUUAAAGUUAGAUUUUGAUUUUAUGUUUAAAGUGCAUGUAUGUGCGUCUGUGUUUAUUUCAGGUUUUCUGGUUGGGAAGCAGAUAAAAUGUCUUUGUAUGAUGAUCUGGGGGUCGCAACAAGCGACACUAAAACAGAAGGCUGGUCUAAAAACUUUAAACUGCUUCAGUCUCAGUUGAAAGUGAAGAAAGCUACACUGACACAAGCAAAGACUCCGAGGAUGAGACAGUCCAAUGUUCUGGCUCCGGUUGUUGAUCUGAAGAGGGGAAGUGCUGGAGAUGACAGACAGAUCUCUGAUUCACCUGCACACAUUGCUGCAGGGAUGAAGGACUCGACAUCUAUUGGGUUUUCAUCUGGAGAUGUGCUGAUUCCUUUGGCUGAUGAGUAUGACCCCAUGUUUCCCAACGACUAUGAGAAAGUGGUGAAGAGACACAGAGAGGAACGACAAAGACAGAGAGAACAGGAGCGACAGAAAGAGAUCGAGGAGAGAGAGAAGAAGCGUAAAGAGAGACAUGAAGGAGGGGGAGCACCAAGUGGAUUUUCACGUUUCCCGACAGAAGGCGAAUCAGAUGAAGAGGAGGAGUAUGAGAGAGAAAAGAAGAAGAGGAGUAUAGGUGGAGCUGCCAUCGCCCCUCCAACAUCACUAGUGGAGCGAGACUCAACAUAUUCAUAUGAUGAAGACGGUCGGCAGAGGUCGAAGGCAGCAAUCCCACCUCCCAUUUUUGAUGACUCUGAUAGACCACGAUCUCCCCCGGGACCAACUAAUACAUUCCUGGCCAAUAUGGGUGGUACUGUGGCUCAUAAAAUCAUGCAGAAGUAUGGAUUCCGAGAUGGACAGGGCCUGGGAAAACACGAGCAGGGGUUGAGCACGGCGCUCUCAGUGGAGAAAACCAGCAAGCGUGGGGGAAAGAUUAUUAUUGGUGACUCAACGGAAAAGACAUCAGGAUCCAGUCAGAAUGUGGCUGAUCCACAGGGCUCUAAUUCAGCGGAUGCCUCAAAGAAAAGCGAUGCCAACCCUCUUACAGAGAUUCUCAAAUGUCCUACAAAAGUGGUUUUGCUGCGGAACAUGGUUGGAAGGGGAGAAGUUGACGAAGACCUGGAAGCUGAGACUAAGGAAGAGUGUGAGAAGUAUGGCAAAGUCAUCAAGUGUGUCAUCUUUGAGAUCUCCGGUGUUUCUGAUGAGGAGGCUGUCCGCAUUUUCUUGGAGUUUGAACGAGUUGAAUCAGCUAUUAAAGCUGUGGUGGAUCUGAAUGGGCGCUACUUUGGAGGUCGUGUGGUCAAGGCCUGUUUUUAUAACUUGGAUCGGUUCCGUGUUUUAGACCUGGGAGAUCAGGUGUGAGUGGACAUCCAAACCUGCACAACCAGGAAAGUGUAAACACCUGGAGGAAGUCAUUUGUCUUUCUGUAAAUAGCAUGAGUAAUUUUAUACACCCUUGUGAAUCUUUAGUUUACGUGCCCCUUUCCUGGAUACGUUUUGUAAUGAAGAUUUAAUUUGCUCUUUUGUGAAUUGCUUCUAGUCUCUUUCUCACGUCACCGUUAAUAAUAUCCUUUUGUCCUUGUGAUAAGAUGUAAUGAAGAACCCAGAAAUAAAAAUGCUUUGGGGAGAAUAA